AUGGCGGACGUGUCGUCGGUUGUUGUAGAAUCUGGUGAAAUUAGCUGUUCUGGAGUCGUCCUCGAUAUUGAACACGGCCUUGUUUUAACUGUUGGGGGUAUUUUAAAUGGAUCCAAAACACCAUGCUUUGAUCAAGACUUGAAAUUCUUUGAUAAUAAGGAAAGAUUAGAGAGACCUUCUGUGCAUGUCAUUUUGAAAACUUCACCGGCUAAGAAUACUCGAACAGAUGCCCCCAAAGAAUUUGUUAAGCUUUCUGCAGACAUUCUUGUUGCAUGGAAAGUGAAAGAUCUGCAUGAUCUUUUUCAACGGGUCUUCCCAGGUGACGAAUGGAAACUCGGAGAGACUCCAAUCCGAACAGAGUCAGAGAAGAGAGAAAAUUGCGACAAUAGAAGACAAGAAAUGGCCUGUCAGUCCAACAAAGAUUUGUCUAAGUUUGUUCUACUCCAAGUUAAUGAUCUAAGGAGGCAUCUAUUGCAAAGUGACUCAUGCUUAUUAGUUGAUCAGGAUGUCAGGCCAUGUGGCAGUAUCAGGCCUGGAGAUGCUGUUGUCACGGUGGGAACACCAUUUGGGUCAGAGUGUCCUGAAGUGUUUUUUAACAGUCUUAGCAAAGGGAUUGUGAGCAAUGUCAUCGGUUUGGAUUGUAUGGCGCUGUUGACUGAUGCUCGGGUCGUGCCUGGCUGUGAGGGUUGUCCUGUUUUUGUUUCAAGCAUGGAAAGGAAGAAUAUGUUAACUAAAGGAGCACUAUAUGGGAUAACUGUUGCACCAUUUUGCUGGCGACAAGGGGAGUUGAUAGGGUUAACACUUGUAUGCUCUAUUAGACAGAUACUUGUACAUCUCCGGCAGAUAUCUAACCCUGAAACAAUUCCUGUCCAAGUGAAUCAGUUACUUUCUCAUUCAAAUCUAAUGAAAGAUCAUCACCAUCUGGAAAACUUGCUAAAGCCAACAAACAAUGGACUACUAUGCUCACCAGAUAAUUCUAAUUCUGUGGCAAAAGUGAUGUCAUCUGUUGUGUUAGUACAAUGUGGCAGAACUUGGGGCUCUGGUUUUAUUGUUGAUGAAAAGAGAAGGUUGAUUGUAACUUGUAGUCAUAUUAUCAGUGAAGCAAAGGGUAACAAAUGCACCAUCUCAGUGAGGCAGAGCUACCCGAAUCAUCUCUGGUUUCAUGCAGAGGUAAUUUUUGUGCAUGAUCCAAAUGUCUUUGACUUUGCCUUGCUCAGGAUUGCCUCAACACUGGCUAUGUUAUCAAAAGACAUGGACAAAUUCAGUGCUUUAACACCAAGAUCAGAUUAUGCAUUCAAGAGAGGGGAAAAUGUUUUUGUCAUUGGGUAUUCUAUAUUUGGAAGCAGUGUACAGAAAACUGGGCCAUCUCUCACAAGUGGUGUGUUGUCAAAUUUCAGUGCAUUAAAGGGUGAGGUUGUUUUGCUUCAAUCAACAGCCGCUGUGCAUUGUGGGGGCAGUGGAGGAGCACUGGUUUCCAUGGAGACUGGUGAAUUGCUCGGAAUGGUGACAAGCAACACAAAGGAUGCAAACUCUAAACUUACUUUUCCCAACAUAAAUUAUAGCCUCCCAGUAAAUCUGAUUAUGCGCUUGAUCAAGCAUGCAUUAUCAGGACAGCAGGAUUUGGAUGAAAAAAACAAGCUGUUGUCACAGAGAAUGAGGGGGAUAUGGCAACUGCAUCAAGCUAGAGGUUCAACUAGUAAACUAUGAUGUACUUUGUGUUGUCAUCAGAUCAUAACAUAAUGCCGGUUUAUCAUCCUAGCAAACUGCCAAGUUUGAGAAAGCAUCAGUUUCCAUUUAAACAUUUGUUGUUGAGAUGCAGGGCUGCAGCAGGCCCUGAAAUAUUAGGGGUCACAAUACAGAAACAUUAAGAACAUAUUUAGGGGUACAGCCACGCCCCUACUGGUCAUUUCCUUAUAUAUUUUUUAAAUAUUGGGGGGUGGGGGGGGGGGGGCAGUACCCCAACCACUGCUACAUCUCUGAGAGGGAUAUUUCUAGAUCUCCUUACACUAUUACAAAAUUUGUAUUUCAAUUUGAAUAAAAGCAAUACCAGAGGUAUAGCUGACUAGAGCUUUAAAA